AUGUCUAGGGAUAAAGCAGUGAGCAUGGGUCUUUUUCUUUUUUUUUUUUUUUUUCUUUUUUAUAAUAAUAAUAAUUUCAGGUUAGACCAUAAAGAUGAUCCAGACAAUGAGGAAAGGAACAAGCUCUUGCAGACGGACCUCAUUCGCCGAAAAGCCCAGCUCUAUGACAUGGAGAACAAUAUCCCGAAGCCAAGUGGUCUCUACUUGAAGAUUAUCCUGGGAAAUAUCAAUGUCUCUAUUCUGAAUAAAGAUGACAAAUACAGAUAUAAGGAUGAAUAUGAGAAGUUUAAGUUGGUUAUUAACCUUGUGGCAUUUGCCAUUUCAACUUUCAAUAUUAUCACAAAUUUCAGGACAGCUGAUCUCACCCAUAUGUUCCUUUUAGUUUGGUAUUACUGUACCCUUACAAUCCGUGAGAGUAUACUCAAGGUUAAUGGUCAAAAAUUUAAGGGGUGGUGGAGGCCACACUCAUUUCCAUUACUCUCUGGCAUCUUACUUAUAUGGCCCAAGGGAGAAACAUAUUCCCUUCGCAAGCAGUUUAUGAUGUUUAACAUGUAUAUCAGUUUUGUCCAGUACCUGCAGUUUAUGUAUCAACGUGGAUGCCUUUAUCGUCUUAAGGCACUUGGGGAGCGACACAAUAUGGAUAUUACAAUUGAAGGAUUUCAUUCCUGGAUGUGGCGUGGACUAGGGUUCAUUCUACCCUUCCUCUUUGUUGGUUACUUUUGGGAACUUUACAAUGCAUACACCUUAUAUCUGCUCUCCUUCACUGAUAAUGCUGAGUGGCAUGUGUCAACUCUUGCAGUCUUAUUUUUUGUAUUAUUCCUGGGCAACACACUUACUACCAUCUCCAUCAUACCCCAGAAGAUUAAAGAACGAAUGAAGUUGAAAUACCGUUUCACACGCCUGGACAAGUAUAUCUGGACACAUAAAAAGCAGAAAGUCUCAUUCAGGAAUCCUGAGUCCCCCCAGAGGCGAACACCAGCUGCUCGAGCUGCAUCCUUCAACAGGAAGAAGACAGAAGUCAGAGAAGAAGAAAAUGUUACCAAGUGUCAAGAACAGCAGGCAAAUUCCAUAAUGAUAGACCCCAAAGUUUCCAAAGAUGUAGAAGAUCAAAAUUCUGAAGCCCAGCAGCUCAAUGACAUGCUGGACGAGCUGACCAAAGACAUAGAUUUCGUGGAGGUUGAUAAAGAGAAUGAAGAUGAACCUGAGGAAGAUGACCUUGAUGAACAUGUGACUGAUGAAGCUUGUAAUGUAAAAGAAGUUGAAACAGUCAGUGAAUUUUCUGAUGAAACAAAGAAAGAUAUAUAGAUGAUUAACUUGGAAGAGAAAAGUUUAUAUUUGAUAAUAAAAUCAAAAUAAAGCCAUAGUGUACCCACCUUCCAAACUCUUAUUAAUAAGAAGCACAUUUCCAUAUUUUUUGGAUGGAUGAAGUAAGCUAUAUUUCUAAAGUAUAAAAAAAGGAGAGAGAGGGGAAAAAAAGAAAAAAAAUAUAUAUUUUUACUGUUACUUUCCCAAAUAACCUAAAGAGUAAGAUGUUUAUGGAUUGAAUAUACCUGUCAGAAAUACCAUGAGCAGUGGUAAGAAUUCAUAUGUAAGGUAUGUUAAUUAAG